ACAUGGCCAGGAAUGACCGAACGCUUGGAAUUCGUGCACAUAGCCCUAUUUCAACAGAUUUCUCGCAACUUCAUAUGGUGUGUAGCCUAGUAGUAUGUUUUACAACACCAUUAAAAUAAGAUAAUGCGCUCCCUUCCGUUAUGGGGAAAGUUCCCGUUACUUCUAUGAUCUGAGAGCAAAAAGGAGAGCUUUCAAAGGUAGCUUUCACUGCGCUAUUGUAUUACGUGCUAUACUACGUAGUCCUACGCAGCUAUCCGCCGUUCACGACUGUAAACCCAACGCCACAAUAUGUUGUAUUAUUGCUCCGUGCUCCUCGGUGUAAUUUCUCUUAAAUUAAAAUAAAUAAAACGGAUUCACAUGUGAAAGUAGGCGUACAGCGUUUGCACCUUUCAGAAGCCACAGCCCUUUUUGUCCAGGCUCCAGCCUGUAUGCUUGUUACGUCUCCCGUGGCUCGCUGUCAAAGCGAAGGAAAAAAACCAACAGCGACAUUACACUUGUGACAGAUUAGAAGGUGUAGCUAGUCUCUGAACCGGACAACUCAUUUUCGACCUUGUGAGCGGCUACCGGACGUUGCAGAUUGUACGACAGGCUACAUUGCUUUACCGGAGCGUGAAUUACUAUGGAGAUUCCAGUUGGGUUAGGAGGAGUUUCAGAUGCCACAAACGCCGUUUUUCGCGGACCUUACCAAAACGUUUUCCACAGCCUUCAAGUGGCAUUUCAGAGUCACGGUGCCGUCUCCAGGAGCUUAGAUUUUCCAAAUACAAAGUACGGUUUUUUACAAAACAGACAUUUCUGUGAAAUGCGUCAGGAGAACAAGCAGCCGCCAUGCAAAGGACUCGGCCUAUUUUACGGGAACCAUCGUAAUUCGGACACUGGGACAAACGAAGACGACAUCGCUUGUUUUUCCAGACAGUCCGACGCUGAAGCCAGACCUGGUAUUUUUUCUGAAAGCUCAUUGGAUACUGGAGACGAGAUUACUUGCAAACUCCAGUCAGACAACCAAGGGGUAAGAGCGAGCGGUCCUCUCCUACCGGGCUCUAGCGGCUGCAAUUCGGGACAAAAGUCCUCCCUUGCUUGUACGUCCCAACAAAGGGAGACAACAUCUCAAAGUGACACCUGCGCAGGAGAGAGCUGCUCGGAACAUCAAGCAACUACCAUUUCGGAAACUGCGCGCGAAUUGUGCAACGCCGUUUCCGUGUCGCUGGGCUUGAAUUUAGAUCUUAAUGAUAUGAAUGACCUAAGUUCAAACCACAUAUCGUCUGCCGAAAGUGACACAAGUCAAGCCAUCUACUUAUUUGAAUCUUCACCUGGGUAUACUGGGGUCGGACUGAACGCCUUGGUAAGAGACUGUAAAUGUCAGAGUGCACGGGAAGGGACAUCGACACAACAGUACGAGCGUGGGGCAAUGUUUAAGAUAAACCGUGUAAAUGACUUGCCGCUUCAGCCAGCACCCCCGCGACACACCAGCGUUAGCGAUGCUAAAUGGGACAUGCAAGCAGGUUUGUGUGCGCAGAUGGAGCACAAAGACUCUGAAAAGUGCGCGAAUAUGGAUGGUGCACACUCCACUUCUGUCUUCUCCCAGUUCGACCAACUGUUGCCAGUAAACCCGUCGCACUACAGUCAGAACGUUUCGGUCAGAGUGGAACCACAAAGUGAUUUCUCUCCGAUUUUGUACAAAUCACCUGGUAUUCAGAAAAAUGCCGAAAAGUACAAUGUCCAAUAUGAUGCCACAAUUAAAUCAGAAGAUGGGAAAACGACAUCUGAACGGGAAUGGGGUUUUCAGUACAGGUACAAUGAAAGCUGCAGCGCAUCGUCAGCACCUCCUAGACAUUGUGCACAUCAGAACAGGGCCGGACCGUACAACCAGUUCUUUUUUAAUCCAUUUGAAUAUGCGAAAAGAGGUGUUGUCUCAAGGGAAGGAUAUUCUCUCGAACAUGGGUUCCCAAAUAAUCUCGCUCGGACACCCUACUCUGGUUCCUUGAAAAACGAACUAGGAGAUCGUCUGAGUGGGCCAUACCCUGACGUCAGUUACAGGUACGAGGGCGAGCGGGAGAACGUGUUCCCCGUGGAGUUCUUCUUUCCGCCGCAGAGGACCUGCCUGAUCUGCGGGGACGAGGCCUCGGGCUGUCACUAUGGAGCCCUCACCUGCGGCAGCUGCAAGGUGUUCUUCAAGAGGGCCGCGGAAGGGAAACAGAAGUACCUGUGCGCCAGCAUCAAUGAUUGCACCAUUGAUAAACUUCGAAGGAAGAACUGCCCCUCUUGCCGUCUCAAAAGGUGCUUCGCUGCCGGAAUGACCCUCGGAGCGCGGAAGCUGAAGAAGAUCGGGCAAAUGAGGGCCCCCGAGGAUGGCCAGGGGCAGGGCCCGGCGGAAGCGGAGCUGAGCGUCUCCCCCAAGUACGACCUGGGCUUCCACACCCAGUCCAUGUUCCUCAACAUCCUGGAGGCCAUCGAGCCGGAGGUGGUGAACGCCGGGCACGACUACGGCCAGCCGGACUCUGCGGCCAGCCUGCUGACCAGCCUCAACGAGCUCGGAGAACGGCAACUCGUCAAGGUCGUCAAGUGGGCCAAGGGCAUGCCAGGUUUUCGGAGUCUGUACGUGGAUGACCAGAUGACAGUCAUCCAGCACUCCUGGAUGGCAGUGAUGGUGUUCGCUCUGGGCUGGAGGUCAUUUAAGAAUGUGAAGUCCAGGAUGCUUUACUUUGCUCCUGACCUUGUUUUCAACGAGCACCGAAUGCAGGUGUCCACCAUGUAUGAACACUGCAUCCGGAUGAAGAACUUCUCCCAGGAGUUUGCUAUGCUGCAGGUCUCCCAGGAAGAGUUCCUGUGCAUGAAAGCUCUGCUUCUCUUCAGCACCAUCCCCGUUGAAGGGCUGAAGGGGCAGAAUUUCUUUGACGAGCUGCGGAGGAGCUACAUUAACGAGCUGGACCGGCUGGUUAGCUUCAGGAGCAAGUCCAGCUGCUCCGAGAGGUUCCAGCAGCUCACCCGCCUCCUGGACUCCCUCCAACCUGUUCUGAAGAAGCUCCACCAGUUUACGUUCGACCUUUUCGUCCAGUCCCAGAACCUCUCCAACCAAGUUUGCUUUCCCGAGAUGAUCUCAGAGAUCAUAUCCGUGCACGUGCCAAAGAUUCUCGCUGGCACGGUGAAGCCAAUCCUCUUCCACAAGUAGCCAUCUCCUUUCCUUUUCGCUCCGCUAGACUCUGUCCUGAUCCACGCUUCUUCAGCGUGGCACUGCGCCUACAUCCACAUCCUUCUCAUAGCUCAAUGCUAAACAAAAUGGCGGAAUUACAAAUGUGUAGUUUUACUACCAGGGCUUUCUGAUUAUUGAGAUUUUUCCAAAGCUGGUUUUAGCAUUUGAUCUCCGCUAUAUUGUCGUAUUGUCUAUACAAGGUCUGCAUUUUCUAAUUACUCUCUUGGCUCAUUUUACAUCAGUGCUUUUAAGAUCCCGGGAUGCAAAGACCUGCGUUCUGUCUUCAAAUCGGUUUACAAAAACAAAACCAAUUUAUAUGUACACUAUACACGACAACAUGCUCAGUGUUAAAUCUACUAUGACAGAGUCCACUAGGAAUCCAAUAAUUCUCUUUUCAGUGUUCAUCUACAAAUUGAACAAUAUUGCGUAUGCGUCGCUACACAGUUAUGCACAGCUGUGUCUAUCAUUGUUAAUAAGUCAUCUGGUUGUUUAAUUAGGAUUUUCCAGAUAAAUAAUCGAAAAGGUUUAAGUAAUUUUCAUUUAUAGUGAUUCAUGCAUGCAGGUAUAUUAAUCUCCAUAGCUACCGAAUAUCAAUCUGUUCAUAUAACCAUGUAUAUACCUAUAUAUACCUGUAUAUACGGAGAUAUACAUGCCUACAUACAUACAUAAAGAGUAUAGACCUUUGUGUGUGUGCAGAACACACCACACACACACACACACACACACACACACACACUCUCACGCACGCACACGUUCUUAGCUGGUGAAUGUAUAAACAUGCUAAAUGUCGCAGCCACAGAUUACAGAUUAAAUGUUACCGUAAACGGAAUGAUCCGAACCGUCUUUUUGUUUUAAUUAAUGAAAUAUAUAUUAAAAAAAAGAUCCUUUCCACCAAGUUUUGUGAACUCAAACAGGACAGUUAUUGAAAUAGCUUUUUUGUGUUGAUCACAGUGUAUUUGUUUUUUUGUUGACUCUGGUAUGAAGAUUUAUUUCUGAAGAGCCAUACAACUCCCAAACUGCCAAGGAGGCUACCACCUGUUGUCACUGCUUUGACUGGUUCGCGUUAUAUUAGAGUUUAUCAUUUUUAGCGCUCUGAAUAUCAUUACUCUCGUAUGCUCAUACCUGUAAUUAUAAUAUUGACACAACUGUAUGGACUAUUCUGUAGGUAUUCUAGUGUGGUUUUUACAUGAAAUGAAAGCUAUGUCUGCAUAAUUAAAACAAUUGUAAAUGUAAUUCAUGCAAUUAUUGUACAGUUCUGAUCUCUGAUAUUUUGUGUUUGUGUGGUCAUUAUAUUAAUUCGUUGGCCAUAACUCUUAAGUUGAAUUUGAUUAUAUUUUUAUACAAAUGCUUCCCCUUUUAUUUUAGAAAACCAUUUAAACUAUUUGCUUGUGUGACUUGUGGCCACAGAAGUGCAAAUUAUGCUAUUCAGAUAAUCAAAUGUCAAAAAAAAAAAGUAGGAGGAAAUAUUCUAAAGUUUUGCAUUUAUGCCAAAAGGGCACUACCUUUCUGCAGAAUCCAGCUUUUCCGAGCCAGCUGUUCAUAAACACUAUGCAGUGACGCAUGCUUGUGAUGUGAUGCAUUCGUAAGAAUGAAUAAAGGCACCCAUUCGUGAUUUAAAGUGCACAUCAGUGUAGCAGUCAGAAUUUUUAUUUAAUCUUAGGACUGGAAAACAGAGGCAACUGUGGCCUUUGAGACUGCAGUUUGGCAGUUAACAUGCAGCUCAAAUUGUAGAAUUAUAUGCAGGUGGUUCUUGUACUGAUAUUGGCCUGCUUUUAACACCAUAACUGCUAAAUACUAAUGAAUAGUCCCAAGGGAAAUGCAGUCUUAAAUGUGACAUGAUAUAAUGUGUAUUUCAGAUGCUUAAAUUCCUACUGAGAAAAAAACCCCUCGCCUUGUCUUUUGAGGUUAUUGUAAAUUCAAGUCAAAAAAGUAAUCGCAAAAUAACUUAGAAUAACAGAUAAUGAGUUAUUUAUUUAUUUAAAUUUAUUUCCCCAGUGUAGUGAGAGAGACACUGCACUGUCUUUUGGAUGAGACAUUAAACCACGGUCCUGACUCACUCUGGUCAUUAAAGAUCCAAGGGCACUUAUCACAUAGAGUAGGGGGGAGGGGGAGGUGGAAGGGGGGGGGGGUUCCCUGGUCUGGCCAAUUUCCUAAUUUUGCUCUCUAAACAUAGUCACCUCACUGCCCCCUUAUAAUCCCUCCUUUUUAGCUGAUGUAUGAUGAAGGUUUCAAACAAAAUGGCUGCUGUGCAUAGAGGGGUUAGUUUCCCCUCUUACACUGUACACUGUCAAAAUUCCAAGGUGGCUCCUCUUAAAAUAACGAGGAACCUGGCUGCCUUACAAUGUGGAGUUAGGUGAACAAUGGAUCUUCAGUUCUUUGUGCUUCUCCUGUAUGAACUGUAUCAAGAAGUACGAGGAACUGAGGAACUUUUGUUCAUCUAACUCACGAUUUUAAGGCAGUCAUUUGUUAUUUGUUAUUUUUUUGUAGAGCCAAUUUGAAUUUUUUUGUUACAGUGUAAAUCACAUUGAGAUCCUGAGAUAAAGGGCACUAUUUAAAUUAUUUCCAUUAUUAUUAAUGGUAUAUAUCUCAUGUAAAAUAAUUUUACCUUAAAAAAUGGUCAUUUCUUGUAUAAGUUAUAUUUUAUAAUAUGUUCUGAUAUGCAUACAUGUAUUUGCACUUGAAUAGAUGGUUUCUGAUAAUAUAAUCCAAAUACCUUUUGUGCAAAUUCUGUGUGUUGGUUGUUAUAAAUGCAGCCAUGUUGGAUUUGAUUGCCAUUAUAAUUGAUUAGCAACUGUAUUAGACCCAGUAUAUAUCUCCAUGACAGGCAGAAGUUGAAAAGUGUGGUGACCAUUUAACAGGAUUGAAUUAUGCACUGAAAGCCAACGUUUACCAAAGUAAAUCAUAUCACAAAGAUAACGUUAAAAGCUUUUUGAAAGGGCUUAAUCGCCAUCUGAAACUCAUGUUAAAUCCCCUAAUACUGUUGUUCCAUUUCUCUGAGAAUAGUAGAACACAUCUGGUGAUUUUAAACACAGAAUGUUGCUGUACUCAGCACAGUUUAUAUAAUGUCCAACAGUGAACUACUGCAGUACUGAACUAAGAGUUUUUUUUUUCUGCAGUGUGAUUCUUAAUAGGCCUGACCACAACAACAAUUGCAAUAUUACUGCAAGAUAUUUUCAUAAGAUGCGGUACUAAAAAGAAGAUCCAAAGUGGAAAAUGCUGCAGCUACUUUAUCUGCAUUUUAAACUCUCGUAUGAGUGCCUUUUGGCCGUCCAGCCACGGUUUGACAGUAUUGCUGCUGUGAGGGAGAAGCAUACUGGCAGAGUUAGUGAGCGAGUCUGCCAAGGUCACCACAUUUGCUAGAACUGUGUAUCUGUUAUAGUCUGCAUGAGCCCGAUAUUUCAUUUUAAUUUGAUCAAUGUGCAAUGCACAUUUUUCUCCAAAAAGGAAAGUUAACCGUUUCUUUUUUUUUCAGUUGACAUUCAAAACGUGAUUGAUCAUUCUCCACACAAUUUUAUAUGGCUGGCAUCGGUACCCAGGCUGACGUGUGUAAAUAUGCAGGGAGGCAGUUUGUUGGUGCUCUUUUGAAAAAGUUGUAUAGCUAUACUAUUUUUUAGUUUUCUUUUGGUAUGUAAAAUGGAAACAUUUUGAAAAAAAAUGUUUAUUUUUUAUUUUUUUGUUAUUCAGGUCAUAAACUAUAUCAUCUAAACCAGGGAUCAGGUAAUCAAAAUUUGUGCUUUUUUUACACUUGACCUGACUGUGUCCUACUGCCCAAGAACGAUGCCUUUAAUUAAUAUGUGCUGAGUAUUUAAACUUGCUACUAAAACAAUCAAAAAUGCUAAUACAAAAACAUGUAAAAUAUUUCACGUUGUGAGAUCGUCAAAACGCACAUAUAGGCUAUAUUUAGAUUAUUUGUUGGCUUUGCAUAUAUUUAGCUGAUUAAUAGGCAUUUUCAUUUCUGUGGAUACAAGUUGAAACCAGCUCAUACAACAGAAACUAGUGGUGACCUUAAAUCCACUUUACCUACUAAUAUUGUUUUUUUUUUUUUUGUGAAAUUUUUGUUUACAAGUUUUUUAAUCGCAUUUUUAAAAUUAUGGUAGGAAAUUAUACCUACAUAAAUUAAGAUAGUAGUGUAAGCUAAUUUAAAAAAAAUAUAUAUUUUAUGUUUUAAGGUGUAGAAACUUACAAAUGGCAGAAUAUACUGUUUUAGAGAAAUCCCCUUUAGAAAUCUCAAAAUUUGCAGGUGUUCAUUCCCAGUUGAUGUAAUCUUAUUUGGUUUGGCCUGUUGAGUUUCGUCUACUAUGUUGGUUUCAUUUGUUCAUUUGUUUCCUUGUUUUUUUUUUUUUUUGAUUAAACAGUGUCAAAUACAUAUGGAUGAAGAUUGAGUUAUUGGCUAUAUUUGUUGUGAUAUGUUGUGUUAUAUUUUAUUUAGGUAUUAAUUGUAAAUAUUUCAUGUAUGUAAAACGAAGAACUUUUUUUCUUACAAAAUAUUUUUUUUGUUUCAGUGACUACGAAAUUAUUGUGCGGUUGAAAAUAAACAAUAUAACACUUG